CGCCCCGCCCCGCCCGGGGGAUUUAGGUGGCCGGAGUCGCGCGCUGGCGGUCAUAUGACACAGUCAAGAUGGCGUCGCCCGGCUCGCUGUGGUUCCUGACUCUCUCUCUCCUACCCUGGUACUGCGCUGCCCGCGCGCUGGGGCAGCGCGACCAGCCGACACCGUGGCCGCUGGUGAUCUGGCAUGGGAUGGGUGACAGCUGUUGUAAUCCCUUAAGCAUGGGUGCUAUCAAAAAAAUAGUUGAGGAGAAAAUUCCUGGAAUUUACGUCUUAUCUUUAGAGAUUGGGAAGACCCUGGUCGAGGAUAUAGAGAACAGCUUCUUCUUGAAUGUCAAUUCCCAAGUAACAACAGUGUGUCAGAUUCUUGCUAAGGAUCCGAAAUUGCAGCACGGCUACAAUGCGAUGGGAUUCUCCCAGGGAGGCCAAUUUCUGAGGGCAGUGGCUCAGCGGUGUCCGUCACCUCCUAUGAUUAAUCUGAUCUCAAUUGGGGGACAACAUCAAGGUGUUUUUGGACUCCCUCGAUGCCCAGGAGAGAGCUCUCACUUCUGUGACUUCAUCAGAAAAACACUGAAUGCUGGGGCUUACUCCAAAGUUGUUCAGGAACGUUUGGUGCAAGCAGAAUACUGGCAUGACCCCCUAAAGGAGGAUGUAUAUCGCAACCACAGCAUCUUCUUGGCAGAUAUAAAUCAGGAGAGGGGUGUCAAUGAGUCCUACAAGAAAAACCUGAUGGCCCUGAAGAAGUUUGUGAUGGUGAAGUUCCUCAAUGAUUCCAUUGUGGACCCUGUAGAAUCUGAGUGGUUUGGAUUUUAUAGAAGUGGACAAGCCAAGGAAACCAUUCCCUUACAGGAGACCACCCUGUACACACAGGAUCGCCUGGGGUUAAAGGAGAUGGACAAGGCAGGACAGCUGGUGUUUCUGGCUGUAGAAGGGGACCAUCUUCAGCUGUCUGUAGAAUGGUUUUAUGACCAUAUCAUACCCUUCCUUGAAUGAAACCCUUGCAGUUUGCAACAGAGGUCAGGGAGCCCCUAACUCUUCUAAACCACGCAGGAGAGCAGUUUGUUUCAUGCCCAAGCCUGAGCUCAGGUUCACCUUGCAACUAAUCCUUUCCUAUCAUCAUCUAAUAUGCCUUGGAAAGAUCUAAGAUCCAUAUCUUAUCCUUUCUUGCCUAUCACCAUAUGGUGUUAAAUGCAAAUUUAAUUAGUAACCAUGGAGAUUAUUUUACAGCCUUUUGUUGUGGUCAAUCAAGUUCAGUCCUAGGAAACAUAAGUCUGCUGCAGAUCAGUGUCAGAACUGUGCUCAGGCCCAGAAGAUACUGAACAAAUUAAAGCCAAUGAGAUAGAUUCUAAGGGCAAAUGUCUUCCUCAGGAAAGCCUAGUCACAUUUCAAGCAUAGAGGAGGCUGGUAUCCAGGCCUGCAGUUCUGAUAUAACUGCUUUGUCAGUUUUGCUCAUGAUUUAACCAGUGCUUGGAAAGGAAUUGUUCAGAUGUUCUGCAUAAUUCUUAAGGCCACCCUCCUCUCUGUUGCCUUCCCUCAUUUUAGCAAUUACUAGACAGAUCCCACUGGCCUACCAUCUUGCCUCGACAGCACCAUUUUGUUUCCUUAGAUAGUGAUGAAUAUGUUGCUCUGUUACAGGGGGAAGGUGCACCCAAUCGGUUACUUAAGAGAGGAACAUACAUCUUGUAUAACCUAAAUAGACGGUGAAGAAAAUGUAAGAGUGAAGAAUAAGGCAGCUAGUUCUUUCCAUUCCACCCUUGACCAACCUGUCCUUUCUUAAUAUGACUUGUAGUCUGCACGCUAGAAUUAUAAUUGUUGGCUUUAACAGAGAACGGGAAAAGCAAUGUGAAGAGACUGGGCUUUCUAAUUUUCCUCUCCCCCAGAAUCACUUACCACCAUAUUACACAGUAUUUCUGAUGUGUUCUGUAAGAAAAUAAGUGUUUGCUCAAAAAGCUUAGAAAAUACUGUACACUCCCUUUCUCCUUUUGGAGAUCAAUCCCCAUUAGAAUAUCUAAAGACUCUUUUAAGAAUUCCUGUUACACAGCUCCGUGCCUGUGGCUCAAGUGGCUAAGCGGCUAAGGCACCAGCCACAUAUACCUGAGCUGGCAGGUUUGAAUCCAACCUGGGCCCACCAAACAAC